UAGCUCCUUGCUAGUCAGAGCUUCUGUUUCCUUUUGGAUGUACUUUUGUAUGUUCCACCGGGGUGGGAAUAAAAGGGGCAAGCCCUGACUUCAUUCCGCUUCACCCUCCUCCACUCCGCUGGGAAUUGUAAAGCAGUGGGAAGUAUGCACUGCCAAUGGCAUUGAUGACAUAACCGGGAGCAAGAUUUAAAUUCCACAUGGGCUGUCACAAGCACUCCUGCUCCUGGGAGAAAGGGGAGACUUAAACUCUGUGUUCUGGUGCCAAAGUGACUGGGGAUGAGCUUGCUGGUAACUGCAGGGAGAAGAGACCACUGGACUCGGGGGGGGGGGGAAGCAAGGGGGGGCUUGCAGCUAAAAAAAAAGAGGACUAGAAAUGGCUAAGGAGCUCUCAAGCUCUCAAAGUCUGGCUGCACGCAAGGCUGCUAGAUAGAGUACAGGUUCCGAGACAAGUCAGCAGGAGGGACCUGAGCCAGCAUGGUGAGGAGGCAGCAACAGUGCCAAGAGCUGCACGGGAGCAGCGUGGCACUGAGGAAGAAGGAGCGAGCUGCUCUGGCUGGGGUGGCUGUGAGCUGGCAGUCUUUGCUGUGCCAGCCCGAGUUGGCCCUGGGACAAGCUUGUCUUCUCGCUCCUCACGCCAUCUUCCCUGUUAUGAAAUGGGAUGCUAAUAUUUAGUCCUAUGGGGAUCCAGAAGACAUUUUGCUUAGCUUCCACCAAUUAGGUUAGAACAUGAAGAUGCCCUGAAGGGAGGGAGAGAUGCCAAGAGAGGAGGGAUAAGAGGAGCCUCAGUCCCACUGUCCCUGACACACCACGACCUCUGGAGUCCUGUUUCUUCAUUCUGGUUCAAUAUUAACCCAGCGGGGGCUGUGACUCCACUUAUUCCACUCCAUUUGCACUUCCCCUGUAGCCAGGGCUGUACAGCAUGGCGCACGACAAAACCAGCAUACUGAGGGGCCUGCUCUUUUCCAGCCUUCUGCACCUCACACUGAGCCAUGCCGGAGGUAAGACUCAAUGCACAGGGGGAAGGACAGUACCAGUGGGUGACAGGAGGAAGAAAGCUGGGGUUAUUUCUCUCCAGGGGUAAAGCCAGUGGCAGGCUUUCUUGGUAAGGCAGGAAGACCUUCUAAAAGCUUGAAGUUGGGAGUGAAAGGGUGCUGAGCAUAGGGUGAGGAUAGGGCUUUUCUGCACAGGAGCAUGAUGCAGCAGCAUCCAGCAGCUGGUGACAAGAGCUCAGUGGAUUUUGUGGGUCACCUGGGAGAUGGUGGGGAAGAAGAAUGUGGGGCUCAGUCUAGGACCAUGUGGAACACAACUGUGGGCUUUUUUGGGCUAAUGUUCCUCAGUUGACCUGGCUGGCUACAAUUCUCCAUAGCCUCCCCAGGUGCCCCUUAUCUAAACUUUAGGUCAUACGCAGUAUGCUGCCUUCCUGCUGACUGCUCCUUUUCUCUUAUCAGAGCCUCUAACUCACCUAUAUUUUCUUAAUAUGAGAUUAGGUUCUCUCUGACCCACUGCUGUGUAGGGGCAGACCUGUCUACAGGUCUCAAAUCAGGGUCUCUGAACAAGAAGAUGGAGCCAAGCUGUGCCUAUCACAGCAGUCUGAGGUUGGCAAGACAAAAAGACAGUGGCUGGCAGGGAGCAUUAGCAGGCUCCAAGUAAACAAGCCUCUACCUAACUGCAAAUGAACAGAGCAGCUUUGCCAAGGAUAGCACAGGAUUCCUGUCACUUCUGUUGCCUAAGUGACGUGAUCUCUAAGGGAGGAAUUAUAGACAAACUGCUCUGAUCAUCAGGUGUAGACCUGAGAAGGCAUCUCCCCUCUCUAUGGUGCACUGGGAGAGGCUGGGCUUUGGGAUCACCACGUCAGUGGUGUGUGAUUUUUGGAAACUGCAAGGGGAGAAAAAGGGGCCCUCCCACUGCGAGCACCCCUUUGACUGGCAGUGUUCUGACCCGGUAGUUUUCCUGGAAAAGGGGCAGGCACUGUCACUGCUCAAGCGCCCACGACGUGCCAACAAGGGAUUUUUGGAAGAGAUGCUUAAGGGAAACCUGGAGCGAGAGUGCCUGGAGGAGAUAUGCAGUUAUGAGGAGGCUUUUGAAGUCCUUGAAUCCACCGUUCAGACGGAGGCAUUUUGGUCAAAAUACCAAGUAUGUCAGGGCCUGAGAAAUUCCAGGACAGUUCUGAAUUGUUUAGAAGGUAACUGCUCUCUUGGUCUGGGCCAGAACUAUCAGGGGACAAUUAGCCACACCAAAUCAGGGAUUGAGUGUCAAGUGUGGACAAGCAAAUAUCCACAUAUACCUAAAGUUAAUGCCACCAUUUAUCCCAACCUCAUUGAGAACUACUGCAGGAACCCAGACAGCAACCCCAAAGGCCCAUGGUGCUACACUCGAGACCCAACGGUGGAACGGGAGGAGUGUCCCAUCCCAGUGUGUGGUGAAGACAGGACAACAGUUGAAUUUAUUCCACGGGUGACACCACCAGCCCCGACAGAACCCUGUGAACAAGAGAAAGGCAUGCUUUACACUGGGACCCUCUCAGUCACCAUGUCUGGAGCAAAGUGCCUGCCCUGGAACUCUGAGAAAGCCAAAGAGGUGCUCCACGGAAAACACAUUGACCCAGAGGUGCAGCUGCUCGAGAAUUACUGUCGGAAUCCAGACAGAGAUGAUGAGGGUGUCUGGUGUGUCACAGAUGAACCACCCAACUUUGAAUAUUGCAAUCUGCACUACUGCGACAGCUCGCUAGAGGAUGAGAAUGAACAGUUGGAGGGAAUAUCAGGACGCACUGUUUCUCAAGAGUUCAAAACCUUCUUUGAUGACAAAACUUUUGGUUCAGGUGAAGCAGACUGUGGCACUCGUCCUUUAUUUGAGAAGAAAAAGGUAAUGGACAAAAGUGAGAAGGAGCUGCUGGAGUCCUACAUAAGAGCCAGAGUUGUCCAUGGGGACGAUGCAGAAGUUGGCAGCUCCCCCUGGCAGGUGAUGCUCUACAAAAAGAGUCCUCAGGAGCUGCUGUGUGGUGCCAGCCUCAUCAGUGACAGCUGGGUCUUGACUGCUGCUCACUGUCUUUAUUAUCCACCCUGGGACAAGAACUUAACUACAAACGACAUCUUGGUGCGGAUUGGCAAGCACGCAAGAACAAAGUAUGAAAGGAAUAAAGAGAAAAUUGCUCUGCUGGAUAAAAUAAUCAUCCAUCCCAAAUACAACUGGAAAGAGAACAUGGACCGAGACAUUGCACUCAUGCACUUGAAGAGACCCAUCAUCUUCAGUGACUACAUCCAUCCUGUCUGCCUGCCUACCAAAGAGGUCGUGCAGAGGCUGAUGCUGGCAGGUUACAAAGGGCGGGUAACUGGUUGGGGAAACUUGAAAGAAACAUGGGCAACUAGCCCAAGCACCCUCCCCGCAGUUCUGCAACAGCUCAACGUGCCCAUUGUACAUCAAGGUGUCUGCAAAGCAUCCACCAAAGUUAAAGUCACUGACAACAUGUUCUGUGCAGGUUACAGUCCUGAGGACUCAAAGAGAGGAGAUGCCUGUGAAGGGGACAGUGGGGGACCUUUUGUAAUGAAGAACCCAGAUGACAACCGUUGGUAUCAAGUUGGAAUAGUUUCAUGGGGAGAAGGCUGUGACCGAGAUGGCAAAUAUGGAUUUUAUACUCAUGUAUUCCGCCUGAAAAAGUGGAUCCGAAAAGCCAUCGAAAAACAUGGGCAAUAGAGGAAGUGUUUACCUUGCUUGCUCUGUUUUGCUAUAAUGCUCCACUUCUUAAAAACGUAAGCAUAGAAGAUGCUGAACUAAAAUAGUUAUAUCCUUACAGCUCGACAAAGGAAAAUGCUCUCCUUUGAAAAUAAAAGUUCUCAAACCCAUCUUCUUCCUUUUGUUCAUGCUGAGUUUAGCUGCACUUGCAUCUAAGUCAUCAGAGGAGCCAGGAGUACCAGCAGAACAGCACUAGUUAUACUGAUAAUUACCUGCUGCACUUCAAACAAUUCUCCUCCAUUCUAUGAACUAUAAUCAACCGAUUUUAGAGCUCAGGUGAUGGCCUUAAGUCACAGUAAGCACAACUGUGCCCUCGGGCACUGUCCAUUUUCCCCGUUCAAGUCAACUCAUUUUCUGUUCUAGAAAUUAAGCCAAGAACGUACUGCAGAUAAUCACCCUGCAGUAACCAUGGCAUUACACAAAACGCCAAUACCAAUGUCAGAAGUGAAGCAACUCUAACCUGUUUUGAUAAGACAGACAUUGUUCUCAGCUACUAUAGCA